AUGAAACAUAGUCAAGCAGCGGGAACGCCACGGGAGAUCCCCGAUGCCGCAUUCAUCACCGCCUACCAUGCCCCGACACUUCAUCUAGGCGUAACCGAGCAAACACACCCUAAAGACGACAACAAAGGUUACGUUGAUUGGAAACAGGUAGCAAAUUUGAAGACGGCGGAUCGGGCUAUGAGCGUGCUUCGCAAGAUCCCGAUGUUGGCCCACACUCGGACGCGAUACAACGACACAGACUCUGAAGUUCUCACCCAUUCAAGAACUUAUUCUAUAAGUUUCGGGCCAGCAAAGAAUCUAGAAGGAACUGCACGUCAUGAUAGUUUCAGUGACGAAAGUUCGCGUAUCAAAGAUGGCAGAUGUAGUCAGGUGACUUCAAGUUACGAUAUGCACCAAGAAGUGGAAGCUUUUCAUUCUUACACUGGCUGGGUGAGGUUUUCGGUUGCUGGCAUCAUGCCAGACACCGCAACCUGUAAAUACCAGCUAAGUUCGGUGGCAUCGGAAGAGCAGAGAGCUUUACCAGACAAGUUUCUAUCAUUCUGGUUUCCAGAGUCAUGUCUGAGGCCUUUAGAUGAAGCGUCGAAAGUGUAG